AUGAAAUCAAUUCCUGCUCUAUUAAUCAUAAUUUUAUUCGCGUAUAAUUUUCUUAAUGUAUUCUCUUAUGAAGAUUGGUUGAGUUUUGGUGACACUGGUGAAAAUAAUAUCAAUAAUAACGUAAUUCCGAUGCUAUUUCUCUCAAAAUGUUGGUUCUUCAAAGUUAAUAUAACAAAAACAUAUCUUCCACAACCAUCAGGUCCAAGAACGUUAAGCCGUACUACUACACUUGCGAUUGAUCCAAAAGAAAACUUAAAAUUUGAACAUCCAUAUGCUAUUAUAACGCAAUCUCCCACAAUAUUUGAUAAUGCCGCAUAUAUUGGAGUUUCUUCAAACGAAGAAGGAGCUGUGGCUAAUAUACCUGAUUAUGUUUGUUUUAACAUCGCUACUGGUAACAAUUAUGAGAUUCCAGAAAAUGGUACAAAUUGUAUUACGAAUGCAACAACACCUGAAAAGAAAUCAGCAUGUCAUGAUCCAAGUAAUUUCCUUGACUUGAUUCUUACAUUAGACAUUGAAAAAGGAGAUGUAAAAUGGGUAACAAGAUUAUCUAGUUUUGAUACAAAUGCAAAAUCUGGAAUUACAUGGGCAUUGAAUGUUGCCACAGUAGAAAUAAUUUGGUUCGUUACAUCUGGGCCUGGAAGUAUUGACGGAGGUAAUGUUCGGUUGUGCUACUCAACCAGCAAACCAGCAACAUUUGGAGAUGCAAUAGUAGCAAUUGAUAUAUUAGAAAUAUUAUGGCAAACAGCAAAUCCAACACAAGCUGUUGUAUUGUUAAAUGGUAUCGUUUAUGCUGAUAGUGGUUAUGAAAGAUUUGGUAAAGGAGGUAACAAUACUAAAGGACCAAAACUAGGACUUGAAUUGAUUGAAUACACAGUGAAAUUCGAUAUGAUGGAACCAUCCGUUCCAUUAGUAAAAUUUGUCAAAAAUCCGUUAUAUCGAGAAAUCCGUUAUAUCGAGGGUUCCGGUAUAUUAAAUAAAGAACGUUAA